UCUCAUGACAUUCGUCUGCCGUUCUGCUUCUGCUUUCUGCCUUUCGCGUUGUUUUCAAAACAAACAGUAAUGUGCUUUUGGCCAUGAGUUUUCAAGUAAUUACGCUAAUUUGUUACAUGACUUGGACAAUUGACGCAGAAUACAACCUAUCAAGAUUGUUUUAUAAUCAUUAGAGUGUUUGUCCGAUCAAAACAACUCAUUUAACUGUUGUUUCUUGUAGGUAAAGUUUCAUUUAUGUAACGGACGUGAUUUUGGGUUGCUGUGCUUGAAUGAACUAGUGUCGAAUUCUAAAAAAUUCUUCAUAAAUUCAAUAUGUCAAACAAUAGAUUGAAAGUAAUAAUGCGACACAUUAUACCUUGGAAAACUGAUAUUAAAUCAACGUUGACAUCUUCAAUCGCAGAAGAGCUGACUGUUAAAAGUCCUUUUGAACUAUCACUUAAUAACAAUAAAUUAUUAAAUGCUGAUCAGCAAUUAUUCUACGAAGAAAACGGCUACUUGGUCAUCAGGAAAUUGGUUGACGAGGAGACACUACAUGAAUGCAGAAAUCAUUUCGUCGAUAUUUGUGAAAGACGUUACCCCAAGGGUUCAAUGAUUUUAAUGAAAGAUAUAUCGCUGUCCAAGCUUGGAAGAACAGGAGAGUAUUUGUACAACAAGAUCCAGGAUCUUAUUUGGGAUGAAGUAUUUGAAACGUACAUACUGCAUGAUACUCUUCUAGAUUAUGUGGAGAGCUUUAUCGGACCAAAUAUUAAAGCAGUUCAUUCUAUGCUUAUUAAUAAACCUCCUGAUCCAAAAACAUUGACAUCCAGACAUCCAUUACAUCAGGACUUGUAUUACUUUCCAUUCCGUCCAUCCAACAAGAUAGUAGCCGCUUGGACUGCAAUGGAGUCGAUUACCACUGAGAAUGGAUGUCUGGUAGUUAUACCUGGUUCACAUAAGGGCCCUUUAUUGGAGCAUGGAUAUCCAGAAUGGGAGAAUGGAGUCAACAAAGCAUACCAUGGUGUUAAAGGAUUAGACAGUCACAACGCCAUACCAUUACACAUGGAAGUUGGAGACACUGUAUUUUUUCAUCCUCUACUUAUCCAUGGAUCUGGCCCUAAUCUUACUCAGGGGUUUCGGAAAGCUAUAUCAUGCCAUUACGCAUCAUCCGAUUGUUACUAUAUUGACGUGAAGGAUACGAUACAGGACAAUAUUGCCAAAGAGGUUGAAGAUAUUGCUAGAAAGCGAGGUUUUGAUGGCAGCUUCAAUAAUAUUUGGCAAGUGAAGAGCAGACUGGUGCGUGGAGAAGAAAACACUUUAUGACAAGUCUAAGUUGGUGUGACUGAACAUUUGUUUUUAUUAGAAUGCUUGAAUAUUCUAUCUACUUUUAACCUCUAUCCAGGUACUAUUUAUAGAAAAUAAUGCUAUUCUCUGUUGUAUUAUUUAGCUUAUUCUUUUCCUUCUAUAUGCUGUCCGAAUAUUCUUUUCAAAUACAAUUUGAAUGAACCAUGUGCUCAGUGGAUUAGCUGCAUUGAUCAAACUCUUCUCUGGAUUUAUUCGUUUUUCAGGUCUUUUUACUUCCCUUCCCAUUUAAAAAUUUUUAUCAGUUCUCCAUUUUUUUUAGCACAAAAGAACGUUCAUCCAUGAACUAAUACAUUUAAAUUUCAAUUAAUUUUCUUUCAAAAUUGAUUUCUUCCGUCCACCUCUCACACUUUGUUAUUUUGAAAAUUUAUUUGUUUAUAAAUGGACUAAAACUGUCAAAUGGUUGCCAAAACCCCUUUUCUAUUUUUCAGUUUCUUUCUUGGAAUUUAUCCAGGCUAAAAUCUUCCGAAGCUUUAGCAGCCUGUACCUGUACACAAGGACAAUAGUAGCUUCCACUAACUGCUGCGGUAAUGCAGAAUUGGAAAUGUAAUGUACAUUCGAAUUCCGGAAAUUUCCCAAUUCUACUAGUAAAAGGUACUGACUAUUGUCCCUGUGUGCAGGGACUUAGUGCUAUGCACAUAACUAUAUAUGUAAAUAUAUUUUUGAAUUUAA